GGGCAGCAGAGGAGGAUGGAGGCCAACAUGAACCUCCUGCAUGAUGUGGGCAUCCAGACCACACACUGGCUGCAGCAGCGCUUCCAGGGCUCCCAGGACUGGUUCCUCUUCAUCUCCUAUGCUGCUGAUCUCAGGAAUGCUUUUUUUGUCCUCUUCCCCAUCUGGUUCCACUUCAGUGAAGUAGUGGGCAUCAGGCUCAUCUGGGUGGCUGUCAUCGGAGACUGGCUCAACCUCGUCUUCAAGUGGAUCCUCUUUGGGGAGAGACCAUACUGGUGGGUCCUUGACACGGACUAUUAUGGAAACAACUCAGCACCAGAGAUCCAGCAGUUCCCUCUCACCUGCGAGACUGGCCCUGGGAGCCCAUCUGGCCAUGCCAUGGGUGCAGCAGGCGUGUACUAUGUGAUGGUGACAGCCCUCCUCUCUGCUGCUGGGGGAGAGAAGCAGUCAAAGACGCUGGGAUACUGGGUGCUGUGGACAGUGCUUUGGAUUGGGUUCUGGGCAGUUCAGGUCUGUGUCUGCAUGUCCCGAGUCUUCAUCGCCGCUCACUUCCCCCACCAGGUGAUUGCAGGGGUGUUCUCAGGAAUGGCUGUGGCCAAGACCUUCCAGCACAUCCACUGCAUCUACCACGCCAGCUUCCAUCGGUACCUGGGCAUCACCAUCUUCCUCUUCAGCUUCACCCUGGGCUUCUACCUGCUGCUGUGGACAUUCGGCGUGGACCUGCUCUGGACGCUGGAGAAGGCACAGAAGUGGUGCAGCAACCCUGAGUGGGUCCACAUUGACACCACUCCCUUUGCCAGCCUCCUCCGGAACCUGGGCAUCCUCUUCGGCCUGGGGCUGGCCCUCAAUUGCCACCUGUACCAGGAGAGCUCCCGGUUAAAGCAGAGCCAGCAGCUGCCCUUCUUCCGCCUGGGCUGCAUCGCUGCCUCCCUCCUCAUCCUCCACGUCUUUGAUGCCUUCAAGCCUCCCUCCCACAUGCAGCUGCUCUUCUAUGCCCUCUCCUUCUGCAAGAGAGCGGCCGUGCCACUGGCCACCGUCGGCCUCGUCCCCUACUGCCUGUCCCAGCUCCUGGCCACACAGCACAAAAAGGCUGCCUAA